AUGUUCCAAAUAGAGAGGUGUGGACACUACACGACUCUGUUUCCUUGGAGAAAGGCUGUUGCCAUAUACCGUGUUGUUAUCUUCACUAUACCUCCAGGAGAGAACCUUGGAAUGAGUGCCGACGAGACUUUCCCACAUAUGAGCUUUCUUGCCGAGAGGGUGAAGGAGAGGAACCCUUCGUAUUUCUGGCUGAAUGUUCCAGAUGUCGACAAGCCACAUCCAAACCCCAUUUUUUUGGUUGGGGGUCUGCCAAACAAUGGCUUCUUCCCAAUCACAAGCACAAACGUCAACCUCAGAGACGUGCCAUUUCAACCUCAUGGUGAAACUGCGUUCGAGUGUGUGACGAGCUCCUCUGACAAGGGUAAACUCGACAUCAAGACGGCUUUGCAAUACUCUGACAAUGCGGGUCUGGCGCCAUUGUUGGACCAGAUCAGACAGUUUGUGAAGAGGGUGAUCAAACCCAGAAGAAACGACUGGGACGUUGUUAUUACGACAGGUGCUGCAGAUGGUAUUGCAAGGUGUUUUGACAUCUUUAUCAACCCCGGCGAGGUUGUACUGUUUGAGGAGUUUACCUUCACACCAGUUUUGGGGUCAUUGAAGGACAAGGGCGGUAUAGCUGUCCCCGUGCCAAUGCCAAAGGUCAAGGAGCAACAUAGCUUCGACUACUACGAAGAAUUGAAACAUCUCUUGGAGAACUGGGAAACAGAAAGACCUGGACUCCCAAAACCAAAGCUUCUCUACACCAUCCCCAACGGCCAUAAUCCUUUAGGAUUGGCCCAAUCUUUAAAACACAAGAAGCAGAUAUACUCAUUGGCACAGGAACAUAACUUUCUCAUCAUUGAGGACGAGCCAUAUGGUUAUAUGAACUUCAACAGAAACGAAGACUCAAGUAUCAAUUACAAUCCAACCAACGAUGACUUCGUCAAUUCCUUGCACCCUUCGUACACUACGUUAGACACCGAUGGCAGAGUUCUCAGGGUAGAGACAUACUCAAAAGUGUUUUCGCCGGGUCUGCGUUUGGGGUUUAUGGUGUUCAACAGAAACUUCUUGACACCGCUGACAAGAAGUGCAGAAACCUCAGCCAAACUUGCCAAUGGGUUGUCACAGCUGUACGUGAACAAUACCAUUCACGAAUUAGGCGGUAUUGAAGGCUGGAUCCGUUGGAUCAUCCAAGUCAGAAAUGAAUACUUUAGGAGAAAGAAUAUCUUUGUUGACGCUCUCCAACAUUCAGAGUCUUCAGAGAAAGGUUACAUUGACGUCAUUGAUCCAAGUUGCGGCAUGUUUGUUGCCUUUAUUGUCAACGUCGAGAAGCACAAAAGCUUCAAUGGGUCCAACCAUAUCGAGCUCAUGGAACAAUUUUAUGUGAAAGCUGCCGAAAUCGGUUGUCUGACGGUUUUGGGCCACAAUAUGUGCGUUGACCGUGAUUUCUCUUCUUCCAGGUCUAACUUUACAAGAAAUGCAAUUUCCUUUGUUGACACCCAUGAUAUUCUGGAGGAAUCUGCCAGAAGGUUAGACCAAGUGGCAGUUAGUUUGUUUGAAAGUUAA